GACUCUCUGAGUUUACUUCACAGCCUCUUCCCUCCUGAUCCAGGAUGCAGCUUCUGUUCAGGACUUUUCUGCUGGCUCUAACUCUGCUGAGCUCCAGCACUGCAGCAAACAAAUGCGAACUGCCAGAGAAGUUGCAACAAGAGGUCCUGCAUAAGGUGUUUGAGUCACGAUGGGUUCUGGUGGAGGCGUUCUCAGAUUAUCCGGCUGGUCUGAUGUGGCUGAAGCAUGCUAACAGCUCCCUGCUGGAGAUGAAGGAGGCGCACAACAAUCAAACCUUCCUGUUCGUCGAGAGAAACAUUGUGUCUGGAAAAUGUCUUGUGUUUCAAAUCAACAUGUCAAUUCCUGAUCCCGAGACUUCCAACCACAGCAUGGUUCUCGACAGCCCUGGAGUUAAGGAGUUCGAUGGUGUGGUGUCUCCAUACGAUGACCAAGGCCGAGCAGAUGUCUACCAGGGCUGUGCAGACUGUCUUAUCGCCGUCUACAGCCGCAUCUUUGAGGGAACUCCGGGCAGAUUGCUGCUCAUCUACAGAAAAGAAGGAAAACAUCUCGACGUAGAUGAGCUGAAGGCCGCCGAGAGCCUCCACAGGAAGCUGGCUGAGUGCCUGAAGUUCAACAUUGAGACAAAUUUCAGAUAUGACGGGAAGGCAGGUUUUUGUCUUGAAACAAAAGAAGAACAGAGAAAAGUCUGAAGACGGCGAAACGACUUCAUGUUUUAUCUCAGAAUCAGUUCAUUAAAAUAUCUGUUUAUGUCACUGAAGAGUAAAGACUGAAUGAUAACCAUA